CUUCGAUGACUACUUUUGUAAUUUUCCUUUCCCCGUCGUUUUCAUAAUAUUUGGCCGGCCGUCGCUUCUUCCUUCCAAACUAGACAAAACAAAACCCAGCAUCGAAAAUCAGUCAAAUCCCCGGCCAUGUCCAACGUCGUCGUCCUCGACAACGGCGGAGGCCUUCUAAAAGCCGGCCACGCCGGCGACGACGAUCCCACCACCGUAAUCCCCAACUGCCUCUACCGCCCGCUCUCCUCCAAAAAAUUCAUCCACCCUUCCCCUCUCUUCCCCUCCUCCACCGCCACCGAAGACCUAACCUCCGCCGCCGUCCGCCGCCCAAUCGACCGCGGAUACCUAAUCAACCCGGACCUCCAGCGCGACAUCUGGAGCCACCUCUUCUCCACCCACCUCAAAAUCUCGCCUCCCAGUUCCACGCUCCUCUUGACCGAACCCUUAUUCGCCCUCCCUUCGAUUCAGCGCGCCGCCGACGAGCUCGUCUUCGAGGAUUUCGGGUUCAAAUCGCUCCAUGUCGCCGACCCGGCGAAGCUCGUCCACAUCUAUGAAGCUAAUCGACAACCUCACGGCUUGGCUGCCACAGCCCAGUGUAGCCUCGUCGUCGAUUGCGGCUUCUCCUUCACCCACGCCACACCAGUCUACCAGAACGUCGCCCUCAGCUACGCUGCCAAGAGAAUCGAUCUUGGCGGGAAGGCAUUGACGAAUUACUUGAAGGAGCUGGUUUCUUACCGGUCGGUGAAUGUGAUGGACCAGAGCUUCAUUAUCGAUGAUGUCAAGGAGAAGCUCUGCUUCGUUUCAGAUGAUGUUGCUCACGAUUUGCAGAUUGCUAGGAGGCGAGGGAAGGAUAAUCUGAUGAGGUGUACUUAUGUAUUGCCUGAUGGGGUAACACACACAAAGGGUUUUGUUAAGGAUGAGAAGGAGGCAGAGCGAUACAAAAUGUUAAGCUUGGAGAAUAUUGAGGAUCAUGGUGAUUCUGGGGAGAGGGUUCAAGAUAGGAAGAAGUCCGAUUUGAACAAAAAUGAGUUUGACUUGACGAAUGAACGAUUCCUUGUCCCGGAGAUGCUGUUCCACCCAGUGGAUUUGGGUUUGAAUCAAGCUGGGCUUGCAGAAUGCAUAGUUCGAGCAGUCAAUGCUUGUAGUUCUCUUCUUCACCCUGUUCUCUAUGAGAGCAUUAUUUUAACCGGUGGAAGCACAUUGUUCCCUCGAUUUGCUGAGAGACUCGAGUUAGAGCUGAGGCCGCUUAUUCCUGAGGACUAUCACUUGAAGAUAAUAACACAAGAAGAUCCCAUAUUAGGUGUAUGGAGAGGUGGAUCAUUUCUGGCAUCAAGUCCUGAGUUUGAAGGAACUUGCGUCACAAAGGCAGAGUAUGAAGAACUCGGAUCUGCUAGGUGUAGGCUGAAAUUUGCUCAUGGCAAAGUUUGAGAAGUGUUAGAUCAGGUUCUAAUCUUUCUAUCAAGGGUCCCAUCGGGAAUGCGUUAGGGUGGCAACUAAAAUUUUAGUAGCCACCGUGGCUACAUCACUAUCUGCCGUCCAUUUUUCUUGUUUUCCUCUUUUUUUAGUCUCACGGUUAAUUUUAUUGUAGGGUAAUUUUGGAAACAAAAAAGAGUUCACACCUGAUUAUUCUAUAUAUUCUACCCAAACCCUAAUCUAUUAUCCCCUCCAACCGAACCCUUAACGACGGCAGCCGACUGCUGGCUACCCGCUCCCACUCUUUCUCCUCCGCCCACCUCCUCCACUCCCUUGCCAUUUCCUCCGCCCUUGCGGGGAUGAGGGAGAAAGGGUGGUACUUCUUCUGCCAGAGGGACAAGAAGUACCCUACGGGGAUGAGGACGAAUCGCGCCACCGAGGCUAGCCACUGGAAGGCCACCGGAAAAGACAAGGAGAUCUUCCGGGGAAGAGGUUGCCUCGUCGGGAUGAAGAAGACGUUGGUGUUCUAUCGCGACAGAGCUCCCAAAGGAGAGAAUUUACUACUACUCCUUCCCCAAAGCUUCAAAGAAAGAUUGAGAAAAAUAAGGAAAGGAAAUCUGGCUGGAGAUUACGGAAGUGAGAGAAAGAGAAAGAAUCGUAAUUAAUAGAUUUUUGUAACUAACUAAAUUGUAAUUUAUUAAAAAAAUUAAUUAAUACAAUUUAUU